UGAUCUCAUCAAUUAGUAUUCAUUCAACAAACAUUUUUUCUAUAUAUUCUCUUAUUUGCCUCCAUUUUCUAUUCUUCAAACCAAAUUUCCCAUUUCUCUAAUAAAUAAAAAUCCCUUCCAUCUCUAAUAUCUCUCUCUAUCUCUUCAUAUGGGUGAGAAAAAAGAAGAAACUAAAGUUGCAGAAGGGAAGAAGAAUGAUGGUGGAGAAAAAAAGUCAUUCCCCAUAGUUUUGAAAUUAGAUUUACAUUGUGAAGGAUGUGCUAAAAAAGUCAAACGUUCAAUUCGCCAUUUAGAAGGUGUGGAGGAAGUGAAGGCAGAUUGUGAAGGUGGAAAAUUGAUGGUGAAAGGGAACGUGGACCCCACAUGGCUCCGGGAAAAAGUGGCGGCGAAGACGAAGAAGACGGUGGUGCUCCUCUCUCCUCAGCCCAAAAAGGACACCGGUGGCGGCGGAGAUAAAAAGUCCGAUGAGAAAAAGGUGGAGGAGAAGAAACCAGAAGAGAAGAAGGCUAAAGAGCCACAAGUAAGCACAGUGGUGUUAAAGAUUCUAUUGCAUUGUGAUGGAUGUGCACACAAAAUAAAGAGAAUUAUAAAGAAGAUUGAUGGGGUAGAAGAUGUUAAAAUUGAUUCAAAAAAAGAUUUGGUCACGGUAAAGGGAACAAUGGACUUAAAGGAAUUAAUUCCUUAUUUGAAAGAUAAAUUUAAAAGAAAUGUAGAAAUUGUACCACCUAAGAAAGAAGGUGGCGGCGGUGGUGGUGGUGGAGAGAAGAAAGAGAAAGAAGGCGGAGGCGGCGGUGGCGGAGAGAAGAAAGAGAAAGAAGGCGGUAGCGGUGGCGGUGGUGGUGGCGGAGAGAAGAAAGAGAAAGAAGGUGGUGGUGGGGCCGGUGACAAGAAGGCGGAGAGUACUGAAAAAAAAGAGGGUGAACCAAAAGCCGAGGGAAGCAGUAAAGGUGUAGAGACAAAGGGUGAGGCGAACAAGUACGAAUAUUAUGGUCACAACGCGCUGACGCAUUACGCGAUGCCUAUGUACAACCAACACUACACGAAUCAAGAUUAUGGCGUGACAAUGUACGAUCAUGGUUACAACGCUCAUACGGGCUACGCCAUGGAAUACACCUACCACCCGCCCUCAUACGUGCCACCUCCUCCACCAACGACGUAUUUACACAACGCCCCUGAAAUGUUCAGCGAUGAAAACCCUAACGGCUGUUCAGUCAUGUGAUCAAAGACAAAUCAUUAGAUCGUCUUCGUCUUGUUGAGGGAGAGAGUUCAAAGUGAAAUUGUAAAUACAUCAAAUCAAUAGUCUCAAAAGGCAACAUCUCAAUACUAAGAUAACACAAUAUGAAUUGUAAUUUUCAAGUUCUAAUGAGAUAUUUUCCCUAAAGUUUAUGUGCAAGAAAAUCACAUAUUAUGAGACUUUGAGGGGAAAAAAAAAAUGAAAUGUAUAAUGGUAUAUGAGGAUAUAGUUUCCAUUUGGGAAAUGUCAUUAGGUUAAUUAAUUAGGUUUAUCUUUUGACUUGUAUGUUAUUUUAAUAUAUAGAUAAUAAAAUAUUCAAUUUUGUGACCAAA